UCGUCGCGCUAGUGAGCGGACGGAGCUGCUCUCGCAAUCCGAAAAAAGAUAAAAAUAUUUAUUGGGAAAAAUUAAGCAGAAAAUUAUAGUGUUAACAUUUAAUAUGUCUUUUCUUUAAAUCCAAGUUUCGAGUGUAAUCUAAAUUUAAUGUGUAACAAAAAGAAAACGUGCAGAAUUCGUGUGUCUAAAAAAUUUGUUGGCUUAAGUGUGAAAAUUAAAAAAUAAAUAAGAAUCUUUGAAGUUCAUCUAUUUUGUAUUUGGUUAAAAUAUGGAUAAAAAUGCAAAAGCUGCUUAAAACUCUCGCAACGUCAUUUACAUAAACCAAGAAAAAAAGAAAAAUAUCGCUGCCUCUUCCUCUUGAGUGAAGGAAUUUUUUGUUGCUGCUGCUGCUGUGUUGCAGAAACUGAAGAAGAAAAAAGCAAAAAAAAAUAACAGUGCCAAUAUACGUCACAGAAUUGUGGCGAGAGUAGUGAGAGUGCGAGUGAGACGGCCGACCUGCACCCCCGGAAAUGUAACGCACGCAUACGAACGCAAAACGAAACGAACGAAACGAAAAACUUGCACCUGAAAGUUUAGUGUCGUCGUCGCCGUCGUUGCGGCCGUCGUGACUUCGUGAACUGUCUUCGUACUUGCGCUCGUGCCUUCGUUGCAUCGAACUGCCGACAGAGGGCAAAGCCAAAUUCUAAGUACAAAAGGCUAAGGCAACGUCGUCGUCGUCGCCGUCGUCGCUCAAGUGCAGCCGUAUAAAUCCCCCAUAGAUACAACACGACUCGAGGUGCGGGCACCAUGGACUCGCUAAAAUUACCAAAAGGCAGUGGCAACAGCAGCGCAAGUGGCAGCAAUAGCAAUCUAUCGAUAUCGGCAUCCACAUCCGUUGUCGGCAGCCUGGCCACAUCGCCUACAUCGUCGGUGCCGCCAUCUGGCGGCCUGACAGCAGCAGCACUUAAAGCACCGCCUGGCCUAAACAGCAGCACGCCCAUCUCGGUGCGUUUCAAUGCCAACGAGGAGUCGCUGGAUGACAUACUGCAGCAAUUCCAUCACAACUCGCAGCAGCAGCAACAACAUCAGCAGCAGCAACAGCAACAACAACAACAGCAGCACCACAGUCACAGCCAUAGUCACAGUCCAAGUGGCGGUGGCGAUGCAUCGCCCACAUCCAAUUUGCUGGGCAUGAAGAACAACGGCAGCGUUGGCAACGCUUUGGGCAUGAUGGUCAAUGCCUGCGAUUCGCACUCGCUCUCCAGCAGCCCUUCGCAACAACAGCAGCAGCAGCAUCUACACCAACAACAGCAGCAGGCAGCAUCACUCUUUGGCAACGACGAGGUAAAUCUGCGCAACAGCUAUCUACAGAGCGGUGGUGGAGGCGGUGGCGGCGGCGGAGGAGGUUUCUUCAAUCGCAAAAGCUGCAGCGGUAUGCCGCCAAAUCUCAAUCUCAACAAGCUGCCACCGCAGCUGCAACAGCAGCAGCUCUCUCCCAAUCUGAGUGCGCUGCAUCAUCAUCAUCAGCAGCAGCAGCAACAGCAGCAGCAACGUGAUGGCGGACACAGUCCAUCCUCACCCGGAGGCGGCGGUGGAGGCGGAGGAGGAGGUGGUGGAUCACCGUACAAUGGCUCACAGGCGGGCUGCAGCAGUGGCGGCAUCUCGCCCAUACCACAGAUGUCCAUGCCGGGCGUAUCGCCCAAAUACAGACGCAGCAUAUCCUUCCCCAUCAAGGGCAGCUCCCCAACGGCGCUCUACGGUUGCCCUGGAUCCCACAUGGAUGGAGGAAUGGGAGGCGGUGCCGGGCCAGGUCCGGGACACAUGAAUAUACCGACGUUGUCGAUUGGAAAUGGUGCUGGCAUGGGCACAGCGGGUGCCACAGGCGGAGGCGAUGCGCCGUAUUUGGGCAACAGCUAUGGCAACAUGAUGGCCACCAACGGACAGUUGCAUCAUGGAGGCGGUGGCCUGGACAAUACUCUGAGCGAUUACAUGCGUGGCAUGUCGCUGGGAGGCGGCGCCGGUGGCGACAACAAUAUGGGACUCCUGAACGAUCGCGGCGGUAUGCGAGGAUUGGGUGGAGGAGGUGGUGGAGUUAACGUUGGCAAUAAGCACCUAAGCGAAGCGGAUGCCAUGGCCAUUGCGGCGAGCAAUGAUCCCACAGUCUAUCUGAACGCACUUAAGAUGGGUUCACCCUCGCGUCUCUCGCCCCAUUCGCCGCACUCUCCGAUUCAGGGAGGGAAUGGAGGUAAUGCUGGUGAUGGGACCGCGCGGUUCUCCCGCAAGGUGUUUGUGGGUGGACUGCCACCGGAUAUCGAUGAGGAUGAGAUUACCACAUCGUUUCGACGCUUCGGACCGUUGGUUGUCGACUGGCCACACAAGGCGGAGUCCAAAUCGUAUUUCCCUCCCAAGGGUUACGCGUUUCUGCUGUUCCAGGACGAGAGCAGUGUGCAGCAAUUGAUUGAUUCGUGCAUCACCGAUGAGGAUAAGCUCUAUCUGUGCGUCUCCUCGCCCACCAUCAAGGACAAGGCGGUGCAAAUACGUCCCUGGCGUCUGGCCGAUGCGGACUAUGUCCUCGAUGCGACCAUGUCGCUGGAUCCCCGUAAAACAGUGUUUGUUGGCGGUGUGCCACGUCCCCUGAAAGCCUUUGAGCUGGCCAUGAUCAUGGAUCGCUUGUAUGGCGGCGUUUGUUAUGCCGGCAUCGACACGGAUCCCGAGCUGAAAUAUCCCAAAGGAGCUGGUCGUGUGGCCUUCUCGAAUCAACAGAGCUACAUCGCCGCGAUCUCGGCACGCUUUGUGCAGCUGCAGCAUGGCGACAUCGAUAAGCGUGUGGAGGUGAAACCAUAUGUGCUCGACGAUCAGAUGUGCGACGAGUGCGAGGGUCAGCGUUGCGGUGGCAAGUUUGCGCCAUUCUUUUGCGCCAAUGUCACCUGUCUGCAGUAUUACUGUGAGCACUGUUGGGCGGUGAUUCAUUCGCGACCCGGGCGGGAGUAUCACAAGCCGCUGGUCAAGGAGGGCGCCGAUCGGCCGCGUGCGGUGCCCUUUCGCUGGUGUUAACGGCGGCGCUGGUAGGCCGCGCUGCACGACGAGAGACGGCAACAGAGGGAGCAACGACAUCGGUUGUUGGACGCAGCGCUGGCAGUGCCGAGAAUCAUUACCACCAACACAGCAAGAACGGAAACUGGAACGGGGCAGGAGCGAUGCCAUGAACAGAAUCAGAUUUAGAAUCAGAAUCAGAAGUGGAAGAAGUACGAGUAACGAGUAAGAUGUAACGAGUAACGAGAGUAUGGUGUAAAGACAUCAGCAGGCGAAAGUUGUAAAGUUAAUCUAUAAGACAAGCACACAGACGCACGGAUACACUCACUACAACAACCAACAAGCGAAGCAGAGAAACUAGUAACCAACAACAAGUAAAAGACACUGUCACAGACAACACACCUCGACUUGGCGAGAGGCUGUAAAAAACCAGGUGCAAUAGCAGCUAAAAAGAGUCUAGCUAAAAUGAGAGAGAGAAAGCAGUUUUGUUGUAACCAACACUCGCCUAUAAGAAACUGCAACAUAGUUUUUAGACGUUUUUUUUUAUUAAGUAAUUUAUUUAACAAACCUUUUGUUUACGCGGAAUCUUUUGCACAGUAUUUUUUUGUACUUUAUUUUUUUUUUUUAUAGUAUCAAGAUAUGCCAUCUAUCUCACUUAAGACCACCAAAAAAAAACAAUAACAAAAAUGUUAUUAUUAGGGACAUUUAUCCUCCCUUUAGUCAGCCAACAAUCCUCGCAAGGCAUCUUUAGAUUAGAUCGAGACUAGUUAUUACGAUACCAUCUAUAUCAUUUUGACUAGUCGAAAAUUACAAAUGAGCUGAAAUAAAACAGUGUAUAUAAAAAGAGAUAAAAAAGAGUGUGGCAGAGACAGAGAAGCGAAUAAUUUAAAACCAAAUCGCAAUCGCAAGUUCCUACCUUUAAAAAUCGGUACCGAAACAAAAUGCAUAUACAAUAUAGAACUUAGAAACCACACAGAAAUUUACAACUGGAUACAAAAAGCAAUAUCGAUUUAACAUUGUACAUUAGAGAUGAAAUAUGUUCACAUAAUAUUUCUACACAAAAUAAUUUCACCACUUAAAGAUUUUCAAUAUAAUUUAUUAACUCAGCGCCUAACCUAAACAAUUAAAUAUUGAAAAUAAUCACACAAUAUCAAAAAUAUUUUCAAUAGAAUUGCGUUUAGGUUAGAUAUCAAAAAUAACCUACGCGUUUCUAUAUUGAAGUAACCUUUCAAUAUAUAAAUUUUCACUCAGCGCCAUACAAAAUAAAUCUUUCACACCCUUCUAUAUUGAAAAAUAUCCUUGAAUAUUUUCAAAAUACAAUUGCGUUUAAAUUAGAGAUCAAUAUUAACCUAUUGUAUGAUUCCAUACAAAUAUGUUCAAUACAAUGUUUUAAACUCAGCGCCACACAAAGAAUUGGAAUACACCUUUCAGUAUUGAAAAACUCGUUCAAUAUAAAUUAAUAAUCACCCUUCUAUAUUGAGACUCUUACACUAAAUUAGAUGAUAUUGAAAAUGAUUUUCAAUACAAUUCGGUUACACAUUUUAUUUCAGUAUAAUUUAAAUACCAUUUUAAAGAAAUAGUAUGAAGUUGCAUUUUCAAUCUUUUGCCAUCAUCCAUGUCAAUAUCAUAACAAGUGCCAUUUCAAAUCCGGGUGACCCUUUAACUAAAACAUUACACAUCAUAUUUCUUGAAUUACACAAGGUGAUUAAGUAAUUUUCGCAGCUUAAGCUAAAGCUCAGGAAAUUAAAUAAUGUGGUGUUGCUUUCCCGGAAAUAUAUAGUUGAUUUACUUCUCCGAUAUUACGUUACAUGUCAGAAACGUACGAGUUGACAAAAAGACACAAUAAUUUUGAAUUGUACGGGGGUACAACAAAACACACAGACUACAUGAAUACACUACGAUUCUGACAUGCGACGUAAUAUCCUAGACACACACAUACACACUCAAAGGAUGCAAUAAAAUUACUCGGCUAUAGGAUACAUUACAAAGAAUGCAAUGAAAUUAGAAUCGAAACUCGGCUAAGGACACAAAAAAAACAAAAAAUUAACGCAAUGAACUAGAAUCAAAAAUCGGUCAAUGAAACGCAAACAUAAUUUAUUCGUUCAUCGAAUCUUUUACACA